GCGGGACGGGAAGGGGGGGGGGGGGGAGCUCGAAUGGCGGAGGCGCUGCGCGAUGCUGCGCUGGGUCGCGGCCGUGCUGAGACGCUCGUGUCUCGCCCCCAGGGCCGGCAGCAUGUUCUACGCGGUGCGCACGGGCCGGCGGAGCGGCGUGUACCGCACGUGGGCUGAGUGCCGCGAGCAGGUGAAUCGGUUCCCCGCCGCCUGCUUCAAGAAGUUCAACACCGAAGAGGACGCCUGGGCCUUCGUCAGGCAGCGCCCCGAGGCGGCAGGGGCAGACAAUCCUCCAGCUGUAACACAGGAAAAUGAUAGCCAGGGAGAGGAACCAGAAAUAAAUACCUUGUGUUGCAAUGCUUGCAAAAGGCCGUUCGAACAGUCUACAAACGAAGAACACAUCGCAAAACGUGUAAAGCAUGAAGAAGUACACUCGGAGCCGACAGUCAGUGAAGAUAAAUUUUCAUACAUGGGCGACUUUACAGUUGUUUAUACGGAUGGUUGUUGCUCAGGUAAUGGACGUAACAGGGCACGUGCUGGAAUAGGCGUCUACUGGGGGCCAGGCCACCCUUUAAAUACCAGUGAAAGACUUCCUGGACGGCAGACUAAUCAAAGAGCAGAAAUACAUGCAGCCUGCAAAGCAAUAGAGCAAGCAAAGAGUCAGAACAUCAAGAAACUAAUUAUCUACACUGACAGCCAGUUCACUAUUAAUGGUAUUACGAGCUGGGUUGACAACUGGAAAACAAAUGGCUGGAGAACAAGUUCAGGAGCAAGUGUAAUAAAUAAAGAAGAUUUUCAAAGACUUGAUAAUCUAUCGAAAGGCAUAGAAAUUCAGUGGAUGCAUAUUCCCGGUCACGCUGGCUUCCAAGGAAAUGAAGAAGCUGAUAGACUAGCAAGAGAAGGAGCCAGUAAACAACUGUCGUGAUGGACUCGGGCGCGUGACUGGAAGGAAGAAGGCUUACAUUCACGGUGACAAAUUGAACUGCUGUAAUGGUCUCAGAGUUAAACUUUGAACUGUGCUUCUUUCUGGCCUGAAGUAUUAAAUGUACACCUACUUCUGGGGAGGAGAAAAACAUGUUUUCUUCUACACGUUUGCUUUACAAUCAAGUCACUAUUUAGUUGAUGGAAAGGAGUGUUUGCUUUGUCUCCAUCUUAUUGAAGAGCUGUUGUCAGUGUUUUCAGCUGUAGACUUCCGACUUCACCAUAAAGACAGGCUUAAGAAUAUUAAAUCUUUAUCCUAAAGAGUUCUGUAUUUUCCUCUUAGUGAAAUAAAUUGAUUUUUUUUA